CAUCACUUCCGCAUCUCCAACUCCGCAGUCCGCAACCUGCAACCUGCAACCCGCCACCCCUCAUGCUCAUACUCAUACUCAUACUCUAAUCUGAUCCAACCCCAAUUUUGCCCAGCAGACAUACCAAAGUCACCGCCCAACCCAAUCAACCCGACCCGCGAGGGCAACCGACAACCCCCACCAUGCAAACCUCCGGCCUGACCAACGCUCCGAUCUCCAAAUGCCUCCUCAUCUACACCAUCGCCGCCUCGGUGGCGCUCGCCAUUUUUGAUGUGAAGCAUCUAGUGGACAUCCACGUCACCCCGCACUUCUUCCCGUAUAGCCAAUUCUGGCGCAUCGCCGUCUGGCAGGUCGCCGGCUUCGCCAAUUCCACCGAGGCCUUGUUCGCCGCAAUGCUGGCUUACCAUCUUCGCGUGGUGGAGCGCGCGUGGGGGAAGCGGAAGAUGGCUACCUUUCUCCUAACAAUCCUGCUCCCAACCACCCUCCUCCCACCACUAAUUCUAACCACCCUCCUGCGACCCCUCACCCUCUCGAAACUUAAUUACCUGCCGUCGGGCCCGACGGCCUUGCUGUUCGCCUUAUUGGCGCAGUAUCAUGCUUCGAUUCCGGCGACCUUGCGCUAUUCUUUUGCUGUUAGCGGCACACCCAGCACAGGCAGUAGCACAAGCAACACAGCUUCCCCCAACAGCAGCAGCAGAACAAACCCCAGCAAUUCCAGCAACAACAACAACAACAACACCUCAACACAACCCGCCACCGAACAACAACAACACCAACAACAACAACCCCCGAAAUAUCAAUCCCAACCAACAAUAACCCUCACCGACAAAUCCACCACCUACCUCAUCGCCCUCCAGCUCGCGCUCUCCCAAUUCCCCGCCACGAUCCUCCCCGCGGUAGUAGGGUGGGGCGUCGGCCUAGCGUGGCGGACGGAAGUGUUACCGUUGGUUGGGGUGCCGGGGGGGUAUCGGUGGCGGGUGCCGGGGUGGGUUGUUGGAGAUGGGAGUGUCAGGGCUGCCGGGGGAGAUAGGAGUAGUGUUCGGGGUGGUAGUGGUGGUGGGAGUGGGAGUGGUGGGGAACGGUAUGAGGAGUUACGGCGGAGGUUGGAGGGGGAGGUUGUUGCUGCUUCUGCCUCCUCUACUGGAACUGGGGCUGGAGAGGGCGCUGCGCAGCGGGUGAGGAGGGGUAUGGGUUUGAGUGGUUAGAUCAGGGAUUAUCGAGUAUGGUCUGGAGUUUUUAGUUACGUGGAUCAGCGUUGAAUUGGGUUGUCUAUGGACUGACUGUAUGCACUGUAGAGUAACUAGUGCUGCUGCAAUACACACUCGGG